AUGUCGCGACUGUCUACUGAGGGUCUAUACCUGUCCCCAGAUCAGCAAGAGCUUCUUAUGGCGACAUUGAAUGCGAAUUACUCGCCCAGACAAUCGACAUCAAGCACUCAGAAGAAUACCCCGCAGAAUUUCAACUUUACUCCAAACAUGUCCAGUGCUCCUGGCUCAGGUAACCUCGAGUUCAGCGAUGACAGCCCAUUUCUAGACUUCGAUCCCGAUGCCGACUUUGGAGACGAAUCUUUUGACUUCGAUGAGAAUAGUCGCAUGAUCGGUGAGAUACCCGGAGAGCCGGCUUCGGCCGAACGACAUGAUAAGCGAAAGAGUGUCGACGGAAAAGAAGAUGACGAUGAAGGAGGGGGCAAGAGAAGAGAAGGGGAGGACAAGACUGCCAAAAAGCCCGGAAGAAAACCAUUGACCUCGGAACCUACCUCCAAGCGCAAGGCCCAGAAUCGCGCCGCGCAACGAGCCUUUAGGGAGCGCAAGGAGAAGCACCUUAAGGAUCUAGAAACGAAAGUGGAAGACUUAGAAAAGGCUUCGGAGUCGGCCAACCAUGAAAAUGGCCUCCUUCGUGCUCAGGUGGAGCGCUUGCAAGUCGAGUUGAAAGAAUACCGCAAGCGCCUCUCGUGGAUCAGCAGUAAUGGCUUGAAUAGAUCGCAGCCGGUCGCAGUGAGCCAAAGCCGCAAUCCUAAUGGCAACGACUUCCAGUUUGAAUUUCCAAAGUUCGGGGAUCUGCCGCCAAUGCCUGCGACGAAGCUGUUUGGCAAUUCGAACAUGCAGAAACCGCAGGGCAACAAUACUGGCAGAUCCGCGUCCAUUCCAACCCCAGGUGCGACCCCCGGGAAUCAAAACGCUGCCAGCCGCCGUUCCACCUCUACUUCGCAGAACCAACCCACAAGAUACGGAUCUCUGAGCCAGUCGCCCAUUGGCAACACAUUUACCGCCUCUCCCCAGGCUCAAAGCCAGCAACAAGAGCACCAGGGCAGUAUUGACAGCUUGUCUGGACUGUUUAGCCCGUCGAUUCUGGAAGCCAGCCGCCACGCUAGCCUGGGAAGUUAUUUUCCGAAAUCUGCUCUUUCUGCCUACAACGCCGCCACCCAGAAUAACCGUGGCAGCCUCGACAAUGGGGUUUCGGGUAACAUGCCCGGACUCUACUCGAACUCGAGUAUUUCCAACUCCGACUCCCCAAGUUCGUCCACUGAAUCACAGAAUGCCAUAUCGUCGAUCGGCACUUCGCCAGAGCCGAGCUUGAACUCUCCCGCGAACAAGCUGACUGAAUACAACCUCAACCCUAUCAGCGAAGAAAAUCAAGCUCCAUUUGGUGGUAAGGACUAUCUCUGCAAUCAACUCCAGCUGGCCUGUGGCUGCGCGGAGGAUCCAAUACCUCCAAUCUUGAAAAUGUCUGACGAAAUUCCGUUAGGCUAUGUUAACGACCCUGGCUUCGACGUCAACGGCAUCAACUGGCUUGCUCAGCAGAACAACAACUCUUUUGACCCAAUCCUGUUUGGCGAUUAUCGUGAGACGCAAGAAAAUAUCCUGUCCCAAGACUUUGGGGCGUUCUUUAAUGAUGCCUAUCCUCUUCCGGACCUGGGCAGUCCCCUCCACAACUAUAACGACGUGGCGCCGGAACCGGCGCCCAAAACCGACCUUCUGAAACAGGUCGAAGAGGCUAAGAACGGCAAUGAAGAAGUCGUUCCUGAUAAUGAGAAACCAAUGACAUGCAAUAAGAUUUGGGAUCGAUUGCAGUCGAUGGAGAAAUUCCGAAAUGGCGAGAUUGACAUUGAUAACCUGUGUAGUGAGCUUCGCGCGAAGGCCAAAUGCUCUGAAGGUGGUGCCGUUGUCGACAAGAAGGACGUUGACAAGAUCUUGGGUGCUGUCUAG